UUUUUGUGGAAAAAACACACAUUUUCCCAGUUUAAAGAUCGGAAGUUUGUGUCGUGUGGGGUUUUUUUCCCGUUUAGUGCCCCGGCGUUUUGGACGAAUUUCCCAUCAUCAGUCACAGACCACGGAGACUCGACCGGAACCCCGAUUCGUCCGGGGAAAACCAUCCGGAGUUUUCCCGGGUGCGAGCAGCGCCGCUAUUUCGUAUCCAUUCAGCUACACGCCGGCCUUCGGCCUGAUUCACACGCUGGCAGCGGCAAAACGCGACGAAGACUGGUGCGAAUCCAGCGGUCCGGAAGACUACUGCGAAGACGACUUUAGGAUGGUGGAAACGUUUCGGAAGAAUCCGCCGCCUCAGACUACGGCGCAGUCCGGAUCCGGUUCGCUGUUCACGAUCGAAAGUAUUCUGAGUCGACCGGGAGCGGUGGCGCCACCUGCGCCUGCUCAGAUGCCAUUUCCCGGUACUGCGCAUGCUGGCGGACUCGCCUUUGGGCAUGGAGCAGGAUUUUCGCACGAGUUUUUCGCCAUGGCCUACCCCGGCCUCUACCCAGGCUAUGUGCAUGCGCUGGCCGCCCAAGCUGCGCAGGCCGCCUCUUUAAAUGCCGCCCAUCCCCACCACCACCAUCACCAUCAACCGCCCAAGCGGAAGCGGCGCCAUCGCACCAUCUUCAGCGAGGAACAGCUGGAACAGUUGGAGGCUACUUUCGAGCAAACUCACUAUCCGGACGUGGUGUUGAGGGAACAGCUGGCUUUGAAGGUCGAUCUGAAGGAGGAGCGAGUGGAGGUCUGGUUCAAAAAUCGACGGGCCAAAUGGCGCAAACAGAAACGGGAAGAACAGGAACGACUGCGAAAACUCCAGGAAGAAGAGGACUCAUCAAGGGUGCCGAUCGAUCCGAGGCGCAUGAUCGAACCGGCAUCAGUGCAACAUUUCAGCGAAGAGUCCUCUUCCGAUCUCGAAGUGGCUUAAGACGUGCAACUAUGACAGCUGACACUUGACAGUCCAAGUACCAAGUGACAUUUGGCAGCUGCACUGUCAAACCACGUUUGUUCGAUGUAUGUGCGAAAUGAGAGCCGACAGGUCGAUAUACAGGGUAGUACGUAGGCAUGCAGGUUAAUUUUGCAGAAUCUAGUCAAUUGUUGCGUUGUAUAUACAGACAAGUAUGUGUACAAAAUGUGUAAUAUAGAUAUACAGGCCGUAUUUCCAGUCGGGCAGUGUUGCCAAAGCAAAAAAAAUGGUUUGUCGAUUUGACAACACUGCCUCCAGUAGGCUGAGAUUUGCAAAUUGGGCAUUAGGCUGUAGUAGCGUUUUCUAAUCACAUAUCUAGACAUGUACUUUUUGUGCGGCGAAUGAAGCGAUACUGUGCGCCUGAGGAUGGUGAACGUUCGAAACGUUGCAGUUUUUUGUAAAUAGUGCCAAUAAACUUUUUUUUCUAAAA